GUGACAAGGAAAGUUUCUAGCUAUGGAGAAAACAAGAAUAUUCGAGCCGUGCGCUAAAACUGCUACUGCAAAUGGGCGCCCGUCAAGCCAUUUCAGUAACCAGUAUUUACUGUACUACGGAUAGUGCAUAGAAGGCUGAGGCACCAUGAGCCAGCAAGAACAGUGUUCGAUCUUCAACGGUCGCUGCACAAUAGUAUGUAAGUGUCUGCAACCACUUGCCAAGGUUGUACUGGUCGUAUUAGCUACCAUGGCGAUCUCAGCAAAUGUACCGUUAGGAAGGCUGCAGGAAGCGGACGCAAGCUAAGUCAGGAUGCAGGAACUCGGUUUACGCUCCACUCCCUAGACGCGGACUUCAUACUCAGCGAGAGCACGUUUGGAAACACAGCGACUCGGUUCGUUAUACCGGGAUGCGGUAAGUACAAUACGCUCCUCGAGGGCAAACCAUUUUAGAUUCAAGCCAAAGGCGACGUGAGUGGCUGAUGUCAGCGCGUUUAGAGCCCGAAUCAAUCAGGUGGUUUUCCUGGAACGUAAACGGAGGUUUUUCUUCCUUCUUUACGUCUGUUUGAUGGAAGACCAAUGAGCCAGGGAAAUAAAAUUAUAAGGUGCGUUCAGUGGCAACUCGGACUCCAUAAUAUUACCCCUUCAAUACCGUCUGAUCAGAUCACAAGCAAGGACAUGCACUGCCCUCCAAAUGCACCGGCAGUAUGAGCUGGCAUGAGUUCCGCAAAAUUCCGGAUAUUUUGGCUAUCUCAAGGAGAAUUCGGUUAAGUCUAACCCUUGAAUUAUGCUAAGAUAGUAGGUUGAAACAAGUCAACAAAAGAUCGUAUAUGGGAUCCAAGUAUGCACAGUUGUGUGGGCGUAUGCGUAUCAAGGUUUAUCGCAGCCGACAGAUGUCGUGUUCGCAAUACAGGCUACCCUUCACACUACCUAUUUGCGUCGUUGUCUUUCAGAGUGCUGGAGAAUGAACGCUGUACCUUUUCACUGACAGACCCUGAUCAUGAUGGUAAGUCUCAGCAGUCCCAACAAGGGAAUCUCUCAUUUUAUUUUCUCCGAAUCAACCUUCUUCUCUCCUGCCUUGUGCUUGCUGGGGGCCGAUGGCUCCUCACAAUAUUUUAUCCACGAGCCCUCAUGUUAUUUAACGGCUGUUAUCCUGUUCUCGAAGUCAGGCGCCUCCAGGCAUCAUGUCUACUUUUUUCCCCCACGUCAAUAUUUCAGCUCUCGAAAAGUUCGCCUCUGCCACGGCUGCAGCUGAACAUCCCUCCAGACCUGCCUCAG